AAGUUAUGUGAAUCAAACAUCCAACAAAAGAUAUUGAAAGGCCCCUGAAAAACGAAUUCAAAGCCAAAAAAUUGGGAGCAGAAAGAGGCAGCAGCUUGGUAAAACCUGGAGUUCAAAAUCGUACUGUGAACAGUGACUUCGAAUCCAAAUAAUGCUCAAUUCAUAGAGGUCAUCAAUUGGAAUGAAAAUCCGACUUCAGGCCUUGAAUAAUCAUCCCAAGCCGCCCCUAAACCCCCAAAAAUUAGCCAUCAAACGUGCUGGAAACGAGGUCAAUUGGAAUCUUGAUGUUCGUCAAUGAACAGUAAAAUUCGAACUUUGACCUGCGAUUUCACCCAAUUACAACAGCGUAAUCCAAAAACCAAGCCUGGGAAUGGAUUCUUCGGCUCCAAACGAAUCAAGAGCUCCAAAAUCGUGCCAAAAACAUCAAGAUUAAGGCUGGAAUCGGAAGUUUCAAUAUUGAUGAACAGUGCCAACGGGACUGCCUGGCCGUACCACUUGAAUGGUUUUUUGGGGAGACAUAGUUCCACUGGCGCAGAGGGGGACUCGAACUCGAGACCUCUCCUCUUGAAGGAUUGUGAUGUUAGUGUUGCUGAUAAUGUGGCAGGGCUCGUGAUGGCGAGGACCACGAUGACGAGGUCCACGAUGAUGAGGACCAGGAGGGUGGAUAUCACGAGGGUGCCGGUCAUUAGGGCCCAAUUCUUCGCACUGCGCGAGGAGGCUAGACAGAAAGGGCUCCAAGUCACCGACAAGGAAAUAUAUAUGGAGAAUGAGAAAAUCGAUGAGAUGUUUGAACGAUUCUCCAAAAUCGUCAAUGAUCUCCAUGCGCUCAAAAAGACGUACAUGAACAAGGAGCUUUUGAGAAAAAUCCUGCGGAGUCUCACACUGGAAUGGCGCUCCAAAGCCGAUACCAUCCAAGAGUCCAUCGGCAUCACCAACGUCACCAUCGACGGGCUUAGAGGUAACCUCAAAACCUAUGAGUCUACCAUUCUUUUCCCCUCUUUAGGUGAACAAAAGAAGAAGGGGAUUGAACUCAAGGCUUCCUCAAGCCAAGAACCCGCCAUGGAGGAAUCAAGCGAUGAAGAAAACGAGUUCGGGCUUGUUAUCAAGAAAUUCCACAAGUUCAUGCGAAAGGAGUAUGAACGAAAGGGCAAGAAACAUGGAGGACCACCCAAGUGUUAUGGGUGUGGAGAAAUCAGGCAUAUCAAGCCAAAAUGCCCAAAUGCCAAAAAUGAGAAGGAGAAGAAACCGUUCAAGAAGCAUCGAGCUUACAUCUCGUGGGGAGGUGAUUCUGGAGACGAGUCAUCGGAAGGUGAAGAAAAUGAAAGCGCCAACCUUUGCCUCAUGGCACACGAGGACCACCGGAAGAGGUGUGUACCACUUCUAAAGAUUCCUACACUUUUGAUGAUGUACAAGAAGCCUUUAAUGAAAUUUAUGAUGAAUAUGUCAACGCUUCUAAAAUUAACAAGGAUUUAAAGAAACAACUUACUUUCAUGGAGAAGGAAGUUGAUAAACUAUCAACAGAUAAUGAAAAACUUAAAGAAGAAAAUUAGUUUUUCGGAAAAAGAAGUGCCGAUGGAAAGUUCAAAAUGUAGUUCUUGUACAUCACUUAAGCAACAAGUUGCAAAACUUGAAGGAACCUUGAAGAAGUUUGGUGUUUCUCUUAAAAACCUUAAUGAUGUUCUUGACAAUUUGCAACUUACUAAACAUGGCUUAUGGUU